AUGGCGGCACUGCCCGGCGCUGUGGCCUUUCCUUUACCUAAGCAUACGGUAUACCCUCCCUACACAGAGCUUUACAGUACACGGAGUCGUGGUAGAAGCAGCGUCGAAUCUCUCUUGUCGACAAAGAAAGGCCCUACUACGAGUAGUCGGGUCAUAGUUACCAUCAGUGACCAGCCUACCCACCACUCCGGCGACCAAGUGGCGGGAGCUCAGAAGGAUACACAAGAGCGGCAACAUGCAUGCCCUGGCGCCUACUCAAGUCUCACCCACCGAGACUCUGCCGUGAGAGCCCUUUGCCAUAGGACGGCGACCUCCAGUAGUUGCAAAUUCGACGAAGUCUCUUACGCCAUGAACCUGGCCUGGCUGCCUCCAGUCAUUCAACUCUGCCCUACAUUUCCCACAAGCAUCGUAGCACCUGGUCUGUACUGUCCAAGUGGGCGCCCGGUGCCAGACGACUCGCAAUGACGAAAAGAGUGCACACGCCUAUAUUUGCGACUACAAAAUAGUGGAUAUCGACAAUAAGAAAGCGGAUACGGAGUGCACAAUGCGGCGUAGCAUCUAACCAUUACCCGCACUGUUAAUAUGGGUGAGAUGUACACUACUCGACCGUUGGAAUACGAGAUGAACUUGCGCUCUGUCAUCACAAGGCUGGAGCGGAACUAAGAUUUCGUCCACGACAGGCUGUUGUUGUCUUUCAGUAAUUGUCACUUCCCGAAUCACCCGGGAUAAUGGUGGUGAACAGUGAAUGCGAAUAACACUGUAGGGCGCAUUACAUAACCAGAAAGAAAUGGAAGCAUCGUUCCUUGGCC